GGGCUGUAAAUUGAGGCGGCAAGAGCCAAGAAGACAUUCCCGUCCGCUACCUUUCAAUAAGCUUCGCCUGAGUCUCCGGAACCCCAACUCAACUCCUCCUUUCUGAUCCCAAAUCAGACAUUUCUCUCUCUUUCUCUCUCUCUCUCUCUGUGUUGCAGAAUUGGAGCUUCAGAGAGUUUUCAUGGAUGAACGAAUCGAAGACGACCACGUUGGAGACCUCAUGAUGACAGUAACCAAUAACACACCACACCGUAAGACCCAAUCAUACAGUCAACAACUAGGUAUUCCACCAAUACAGAGGCCAAACACGGGGAGAAAACACAGCCUUGAUGAAGGUGGGAUUCCGAAGAACAUCGAUCGAUUCUAUGACGACUCCUCCGACGAAGAUUUGUACCCAUAUGGCAACUUUGGUGGUUUUUCCGGUCGCAUUAACCCAGUUGGCAGCACGGGGGAACGGACAGAGCAGUUGGGUGAUUUCUUGGAAGGGCAUUCUUCGGAUUCUUCAGGGGAAAUCCGGAGAACGUCGUUGCCGGAGUUUAUCGCCAGUGGUGGCGGAAAGGGGAUCUUCAAAGUUCCAAUUCGUUCUACCAUUCAUCCGGGCCAGCCGCCGGGCUUGGAAUUGAGGCCGCACCCGUUUAGGGAGACGCAGGUGGGUGGGUUUCUGAGGACUAUUGCAUGUACUGAGACGCAAUUAUGGGCUGGACAGGAAUCUGGGGUGAGGUUUUGGAACUUUACAGAUAUUUAUGCCCCGGGGUGUGGUGUUGGGGGUAAGGCAAGAAGAGGGGAUGAGGAGGCAGCACCGUUCUAUGAAUCCGCUCCAACAGUGCCCACUACCUGUUUGGUGGUGGAUGCUGGGAAUAGGUUGAUUUGGACAGGGCAUAAGGAUGGGAAGGUUAGAUCAUGGAAAAUGGAUCAGCCUUUGGAUGGGAAUCCUUUCAGGGAAGGUCUCUCUUGGCAUGCUCAUCGUGGGCCUGUUUUAUCUAUGGUCAUGUCUUCUUACGGUGAUCUAUGGACAGGUGGAGAGGGCGGUGUUAUUAAGAUAUGGCCUUGGGAAUCCAUAGAAAAAUCUCUUUCUUUAACAUUGGAGGAAAGACACAUGGCUGCUUUAUUAGUUGAGAGGUCAUAUAUUGACUUAAAGAGUCAAGUCACGGUUAAUGGUGUUUGCUCCAUAUCUGGUUCAGAUGUGAAGUAUUUGUUAUUGGAUAAUACUAGAGCGAAAGUUUGGAGUGCUGGGCAACUGUCCUUUGCUUUGUGGGAUGCUCGUACACGAGAACUGCUGAAAGUAUUUAAUGUAGAUGGUCAAAUUGAGAAUCGCGUUGAUUCGUCACCAUGGCAGGAUUCAUCUGUCGAAGAUGAGAUGAAGAUUAAGUUUGUUUCCACGUCAAAGAAAGAGAAAUCACAAAGUUCCAUUAGCUUCUUACAGCGUUCACGUAAUGCUUUAAUGGGGGCAGCUGAUGCUGUUCGUCGAGUUGCAGCGAAAGGGUCUUUUGGAGAAGAAAAGAGAACUGAAGCCCUAGUUCUGACAAUAGAUGGAAUGAUUUGGACCGGUUGUUCAAAUGGCUUAAUUGUGCAGUGGGAUGGAAAUGGAAAUAGGUUACAAGAUUUUCAUCACCAUUUUUCUUCUGUUCAGUGCUUCUGUACUUUUGGAGCGAGUUUAUGGGUAGGCUAUGUCAGUGGCACUAUUCAAGUGUUUGAUCUUGAGGGCAAGUUGCUUGGAGGAUGGGUUGCUCACAACAGUCCUGUUAUAAAAAUGGCUGUUGGGGCUGGUUAUGUCUUUUCUUUGGCUAACCAUGGUGGUAUUCGUGGGUGGAGCAUUAAAUCUCCUAGUCCACUUGACAAUUUAGUGCGAUCAGAAUUGGCAAGCAAAGAACUGCAAUAUAGAAGGCUAGAAAAUGUGAAAAUACUGACCGGUACUUGGAAUGUUGGACAAGGAAGAGCCUCUCAUGACUCACUUAUAUCUUGGCUAGGUUCUGCAGCAACAGAUAUUGGCAUUGUUGUUGUUGGGUUGCAGGAAGUUGAAAUGGGUGCUGGUUUCCUUGCGAUGUCUGCCGCAAAAGAAACUGUAGGGCUAGAGGGGAGUUCGAUUGGUCAGUGGUGGCUUGAUACAAUAGGAAAGACCUUAGAUGAGGGAUCAACUUUCGAACGUGUUGGUUCAAGGCAGUUGGCAGGCUUGCUCAUAGCUGUGUGGGUCAGAAACAGUCUUACACCAUAUGUUGGGGAUGUCGAUGCUGCAGCGGUUCCUUGUGGUUUUGGACGUGCUAUUGGUAAUAAGGGGGCUGUAGGUUUGAGGAUGAGAGUUCAUGAUCGGAUAAUGUGCUUCGUUAACUGUCACUUAGCGGCACAUUUGGAUGCAGUUAAUCGCCGCAAUGCUGACUUUGAUCAUAUAUAUCGAACAAUGAUAUUCACUCGGACAAAUACUGCAGCUGGUAUGGUGAUGUUCCUGUUUUUGUGUUCCUCUCUUGCCUGCUGCACAUAUUUAUUUUGGCUGCUUUAUUCUUCUGGCUUGCCGCUGGUCCUCUCUCUUGCAGUUGCUGUCUCAUCUGCCACUCAGUUGCUUCGUGCUACAAAUCCUGUGAGUGCCCAUUCCGAAGACGGGAGGCCUGAGUUAUCUGAAGCAGACAUGGUUGUAUUUCUUGGUGAUUUCAAUUAUCGGCUUCAUGGCAUUUCUUAUGAUGAGGCAAGAGACUUUGUUUCACAAAGAUGCUUUGAUUGGCUCAGAGAAAGGGACCAGCUUCGAGCAGAGAUGAAAGCUGGGAAAGUCUUUCAAGGGAUGCGUGAAGGAAUCAUUAGAUUUCCUCCCACAUACAAGUUUGAACGGCACCAAGCUGGUUUAGGAGGGUAUGAUUCCAGUGAGAAGAAACGCAUUCCAGCCUGGUGUGACAGAAUUUUGUACCGUGACAGCCGAUCAGCUUCGGUAUCUGAGUGCAGUUUGGAAUGCCCUGUAGUCUCUUCAAUUUUCCAGUAUGAGGCUUGCAUGGAUGUUACCGACAGUGACCACAAGCCUGUAAGGUGCAUAUAUUGUGUUGAUAUUGCUCAUGUAGAUGAGUCAAUAAAGCGACAGGAGUUUGGGGAAAUCAUGAGAUCUAAUGAGAGAAUCAGGUCCAUGCUUGAAGAAUUAAAUGAUGUUCCAGAAACAAUUGUUAGCACCAACAACAUAAUUUUACAAAACCAGGACACAUCCAUACUGCGAAUCACCAACAAAAGCACGAAAGAAGCUAUGUUUGAAGUCAUUUGUGUAGGACAGUCAACGGUCAAGGAGGAUGGGCAAGCAUCCGAACAUGUUCCUAGAGGUUCCUUUGGUUUUCCCCGCUGGUUAGAGGUAACUCCAGCGGCUGGCAUAAUAAAACCUGGCCAAAUUUCCGAAGUAUCAGUGCAUCAUGAGGAGUUCCAUGCCCUCGAAGAGUUCGUUGAUGGUGUUCCACAAAAUUGGUGGUGCGAAGACACAAGAGACAAGGAAGUGAUACUAGUCGUGAAUGUACGAGGCAGUUACACCAUUUACAGAAAAUGCCACCGGAUUCGUGUGCGCCAUUGCUUCCCAUCUAAGACUUUACGUAUUGAUUCAAAAUCCAGUGACUCUAGGAGAUUCCAGGGAAAUGUUCUUCAUAGAGCUGACUUCCGACAGCUCAACAGUUCCUGUGAUGUGGCUAAUGACUUGCGGUCUUUGCAGAGUCCGUAAUGAUCCAAAGAGUGAAAUUGGAAAAGAAACCCACUCUUCAGUCGGGGGAAUGACCAAGGCAUUAAGGCAACCUUCAACCUGAUGCCAAAGGCAUCCUUUCUCGAGACUGCAUCCAUACAUGCAUCUUGAUGUAAAUACCUGAGGCCUGAUCAUGAUUUUUAUGCAUCAUGGAGUAGGUUCAUUUUGUUUGAUAGCAAUUUUAUCCAUUAUUUCAGCUCAA